AUGAAGCUGACGGUGAAGACUCUCAAGGGCACCCACUUCGAGAUCCGGGUCCAGCACAAUGACACCAUUAUGGCUGUCAAGAAGAACAUUGAAGAGAUUCAAGGAAAGGAUAGUUAUCCAUGGGGUCAACAACUGCUGAUUCACAACGGCAAGGUUUUGAAGGAUGAAAGCACAUUGGAUGAAAAUCAAGUUAGCGAAGAUGGAUUUCUAGUUGUCAUGCUUAGCAAGAGUAAAGCUUCUGCUUCCAGUGGAGCUUCAUCUGCCCAGCCUUCAAGCACUCCUGUUACCAGUCAAGCACCUCCAGUUGCUCAACCACAAGCUCCUCAGCCCCAGGUCCCAUCAACUACGACUUCUCAGCCUGAAAGACCACCCGCAGAGACCCCUUCGAGUACAGUUGAUCUUGCAGCAUCGGAUUUACUGUCAGGAAGCAAUCUGGACACAAUGAUUAACCAGAUAAUGGAGAUGGGGGGUGGCAGCUGGGACAGAGAUAAGCUCCAAAGAGCUCUCCGUGCUGCUUAUAACAAUCCAGAACGGGCCAUUGACUAUCUGUACUCUGGUAUUCCAGUGACAGCUGAGGUUGCUGUUCCGGUGGUUGGUCAAGGGGCAAACACCACUGAUGCAGCUCCUGGAGAAACCGGCCUCUCUGGAAUCCCAAACACAGCACCAUUAGAUCUUUUCCCACAGGGGGCUUCCCAUGCUGGAGGUGCUGCUGGGGGUGGAUCACUUGAUUUUCUUAGAAAUAACCAACAGUUUGUCCACUCAAAUCUAUACUCCAUCUCAAAUUAUAAGGCAUACAUUAAUUUGUUAAGGCAAGUUUCAAGCACUUCGGGAAAUGGUCCAUACAAAUCCACAAAUUUUACAGGUUUUCUAUCAAUGGCUUGUUUAUGCUAUGCUCACCUUCAUUCUCUGUCUAAACUUUUUGCCGGUAUUUCGCUACAGCCUAUGCUCCAGGAAUUGAGCAAGCAGAAUCCUCAACUUCUGAGGUUGAUUCAGGAGAACAAUGAUGAGUUCCUUCAGUUACUAAAUGAGACAUUUGAAGGCGGCGAUGGUUCAUACCAAAACAGAUUGGAGUAUCACCAAAGAACUAGCUAUGGACAGGGGUGCGUGGAAGGACUUUUUAGACCAGGCUGA